AGAUGUUUACACAAUUAUUAGUUCCAUAAAUGCAUCCGUAAGUAUUAAAAUAAUAACAAAAAUCUUUAAUGAAACAAGAAUCAAUCGUUCAAGCAGCAUGUGCUUGUUGUGGGUCUUAAUGAAUCAUUUCAUAAAUAAAUCAUACUUAGUAUAGACUUCCAUGGGACAUUCGUUUGGCAACAAUACAUUCAUUUGAAAGGAAGGACCAAUUCUGCACGGAAAGUUACAAGUCAUGUGUCGCAAUAAGAAACGAAACGUUAGAAAUAGAUGGCCAGGACUCGCUAAACAACUUCAAAAAUAGUAGGAGGAGGAAAUAAGGAAAACAUACAGAUUCAGAGUGAGCGAAGAUGACGCUUGAAGCGUGGCUGCCACUACUCUUAGCAGCAAACUUAGCUCACAUAUCAUACGCUGAGACGAGUAAAAGCGAGAGACUGAGAGAGCAAGUUUUUUCUUUUCUCCCAGGUUAUGCGUCAAAUGCUGGUUCAUUCAAAACUCUUCGCGCUGCCAGCUUGAUUGACUGCUGUCAUCACUGUUUGACAACCAGUGGCUGUACAUCCGGGACCUUUCACGAAGCAGGCAGUACCAAGAGCCUUUGCGCGUUAAUCAAUCACACGCUUACAAAUGAGGUCUGCGCAGAAACGAGGGCAGGAAGCGUGUAUUUCAAGGCCUUUAAAGGUUCUUAUGCUGACCCUUGUGCCGAUGUGAAAUGCAAAAAUGGCGGCACAUGUGUGCCCGACUGCAGCGAGAGCGGGUUCAAAUGUCAGUGUACUUUGGCCAAUAAUGGCAAGUUAUGUAAUGGCUGGACAGUUGCCAUUUCUUCGUGUAAAGAUAUUUUAGAGAAAACAAGCCAUCGUAAGAACAUGGCGUACACGUUUACCGUGGGCUCAAAAGAGACUGACGUCUACUGUCACAUGUCAAGCAUCUGCGGAAGUGGGGGAUGGACGCUGGUCAUGAAGAUAGAUGGCGCAAAGUCAACAUUUCAGUGCGCAUCGUCAUACUGGUCAGACAAGCUUGAGUACAAUCCAGACUCAGGAAAAACGGGUUUUGACAAGAACGAGACAAAGUUAUCAACGUUCUGGGGAGUUUCCUUCGAGAACCUCUGCCUCGGAAUGAGCUACAGUGGUGGCUUGCGUCACGGUCUACUGACCUACCGGGCGACCUCCCUCUAUGACGUCAUAGCUGAUGGAACUUACAGGGGAACAACCGCUGGCCGCGCCAUGUGGUUUGGUCUGCUAGCGGGCUCCUCUCUGCAGAACAACUGCAAUCGCGAGGGUUUUAAUCCGUUAGGGAGAAUUCGACUUGGAAUCAUGUCGAAUCAAGAGAAUGAUUGCAAUUCACCGGAUAGUUAUAUUGGUUUUGGAUAUGGAAGUCUAGCCUCGGGAAAUUCAUGCCAUCUUACAUGUAACAACGGAGAGAAAACCAUUUACACUUUCGGGUACAUAUUCGUAAAGUAGGAGUACGGACACGACUGAAAAAGAGCAACAAAGGAAAGAAUUAGGCCAAUCAUAGAAGCAUUACCAAUUACGUACACCGAAAGAGUUAGUGACUUCAGAAGUAACUCGACGGCUGUAAGCAUUUGUUUAGCCUGGAACGUUAGCUUAGCAGGGAAGCUUGAAAUGCUCUGUAGUACUAAGACAUCAGUUGAUCAAUAUAUGAUGACCACUGGACGUUUUACCCCACAUCAGGUGACGCAUUAUAGGUUCGAGUUGCUUUUUUUUAGUUAACCAACUACAGAAACAAGGCCUACAAUUUAAAAAAAUAAACACGCUGUCCUUCCCUGCUAGCAGAGGCCUCUUUUCUCUGUAUUUCAGAGAAAAGAGGCCUCUGCUAGCAGGAAAACGCUGUCCCUUAGCGGCAGCUGAAUUUGAAUCACCUCAAAAGUCUUACAAUAUGGAUGAAAAGUGGUCUUGUUCUUGAGCCAUAUCAAUUGCGUUACAUGUCCUCACUAAAAGAUCUCAAUAGAACCUUCAACAAUUUUUCUAUAUCCAUUAAAUUUCGCGAGAUCAAA